UAUCCUCCAUCACAUUUUAAAUCACCCUGACAUAAGAAAAGUGGAGAUUCUAUCUUUCUUUCUUCCCGCUGGCACGAUACAAGGAGCAAAGAAGGUUUCGGUAGUAUGCUCUCCAGUAGCCGCGUAAGCCUUUUGGCUGGACGACAGGUUGGGAAAAAGGUCGGAGAAUGUUCGACAUCGAUAAAUGCAUCAAGAAAGGUCCCUACAUCAUCAAAUAAAGCAUCCUCUCUACGCUCGAUAUCGACAUCUAGAACGCUGAGAAAUUCGGGGAUAGGGUCUUCUAGCACAACUCGGCCUACUUUACAAACCUCAGGAUCAUCUCCCUCAAUAGGACAAGAAAGAUCACAGUCUUCCGAUGCAGGACUACAUCCAACACGUACAAAUAGAGCAGAACUUACAGGUCAUUCUCAUUCAAGCCUAUCAUUAGAUGAAGGAGACUUGAUUACCAGAGCAUUCGGUCUGGGCAGGAGAAAGGGGACACGUUUACCCACUCCUUUGCCACCCAAACUAUUCGAUCAACAUGCUGUUGCUUUACGUAAGCGUAUCAGUGAAGCCGCAAAGAAGAAAGAUGGUACCAUGAAUGCAGGAGAUAAUCUUCCAGAAGAUCCUUCUUACCAAUACGGCGAUUUCUCCACUUCAACUUUGCAGGCCAUGCAGACAAAUAAUGAAGUCUUUACACCAACCCAGAUGAUUGAAAAUACAGCAAUGUUGCGAGCCUGCUUGAGCACGGGACUGAUCGUUCGUGCAACAAAGAUUUUCGAUGACGUCCGUUCGAAAACGCAAGCGGAAGAUGAUGAUCUUCAAUAUGCCGCACGUAGUCGACUGAGCGAGAAUGAAGGUGACGUGAGGAGAACAAAGACACACAAUCCAUUAGACAUAACGAUCUACAAUGCAAUGCUAGGAGCUUAUUUGCGGAGAGCUUUUGUGGAAUCAAACUCGACAAAUGUAGAAAAUUGGGUUCGGAGAGCUUGGAAUUUGUUGAAUGACAUGCAAGGAGAAUCAUCAUCAUCGCGUCGUAGCACCAUCGACCCAUCUCCAAACGCAAAUUCUUUUGCUGUAAUGGCAAAAGGUAUUGUGCAUUUGUUGCGAAGCCGGAAGUAUACCGUUGCUCUGCCUGGACUUGGUGAACUUUUGAAGCGUCUAGGAUCUGAAGGAGUUUCAGUGAAAGACAUGAUCUUAUCUCCCGCUUUUUCAGAAGAGAAAGCUGAGCUACACAAUAUUACUUCUAGGAACUUCAGCCGGGAAGGAGAGCCGACAGCAAGAAUGGUACUCCAACAAUUGUCUUCAGUUGCAGCGGAACUAUUCAAUGAAGCUUUUAUCAUGGAAACGGAAAAUGCCAAUAUACUGCUCACCUCACUCGAGAAGCGUGCACAAAAGGAUGUCAUUUCGGCUCAGCAAAAUGAAGAUAAAAAAGCGCCGGUCGAUCUGCUUCCGGUAAAGCCCAUGCUUAAAAAUGACAAAAAGGCAGACGAUCAAAAGCCUGUCGAGAAUGGUGAACAAGACAAAGAAGAACUUUCUUUCAAUCUGCGUGUAUUGAAAGAUAAUCUUACAGUUGUCGAGCAAGCCAAACAGAGAUCAAGGGAUCCAUACGAAAGACAAAAGUGGUUGGAAUUCAGUGCAAUGGAAGCUGCGGAAAAACGUUUUGAUCAUGCUAACGAAAAUUUGGAACGACUAGGAUUGCAAGCUGCUUCUUCCAUGCAAGGAAAGAGACUACAGCAAUGGAUGUGGGAAUGGUACAAUAAGCUAGUGAAAGCCCUUACCACCGAUAUGGAACGCAUCCGCAAAAUUGUUCAAACUGCAGAAAGGUUUACAGAUGGAUCUAGACCACGUAUGGAGGCGGAAAUCUAUCCAUUCUUGGCUCUAGUCCCAGUGAAAAGGCUAGCGAUCGUUACCAUCCUAGAGCUCAUUCGAACGCAAGGAAUGGCUGUAAACGGUAUCAAAACUGCGAUGGCACUAGUCAAUAUUGGCAAACAGAUUGAGGCAGAAACAUAUGCUGCUCAAUUGCAAAAAUCUAGUGAUUUCAGCAAGGCCAAAGAUAUCCAUGCACUCUUUAAAAGAAACGGUAUAACUGAUCAGAGAACUAGAGACAAGUUGAGGGAAAUGAUACAAAAGGAAAAGCAAUCUUCCGAGACGGUCGCUCUGCCGGAUUGGACCUCACCGAUAAGAAUCCGAGCAGCAGCGUACCUUGUUGAAAAAUUGAUGGAAGUUGCAAAGGUCAAGCGGACUGCCAGCGAUCGUGAUAAAUUCGAAUGGAAUGAACCUCAACCUGCAUUUUAUUCAACAUAUCAGUACAUUCAAGGUAAAAGACUCGGUGUCAUUAGAUUGAAUGAAGCGGUUGGGGAAGUGCUGAGCAAGGAAAGAAUGUCGGGAGAUUUCCUGUCACCCAGACACUUGCCUAUGCUUGUGCCUCCUAAACCUUGGACAGAUUAUGAAUCUGGUGGUUAUUACAGUGUAAAAUCACGCGCACUCCGAUACAAGGAAGUGGCUGAACAAGGCUCCUAUCUUCGUCAAGCUUCUAAAGAGAAGAACUUGGACUCAGUUUUAGCCGGACUUGACGUUUUGGGAAGUACAGCUUGGACGAUCAAUAGGGAUGUAUACGAUGUGGUUGGUGAAGUUUGGAACUCAGGCAAAUCUAUAGCCGAUAUUCCACCGCUAAAUAUAGACGAGGAAGAACCGCAACGACCAGCAAACUAUGAUACCGAUCUCUCAGCCCGCAACAUCUUUGUGAAGCGAUACAAGCAUUAUCAAUUGCGCAAAUAUAAUGCUCAUUCAGAAAGAUGCGAUAUCAACUACAAAUUGGAAAUUGCCCGUGCUUAUCUGGGCGAAAGCUUUUACUUCCCUCACAAUAUGGAUUUCCGUGGUCGUGCAUACCCAAUCCCACCUGCUUUGAAUCACAUUGGAAAUGACCUUUGCCGUGGUCUAUUGUUGUUCGCUGAUGCCAAACCGCUAGGAGAGGUGGGUUUGAAGUGGCUUCGAAUUCAUUUAGCAAACGUCUACGGUUAUGAUAAAGCCAAUUUCACCGAGCGUGUGCAAUUUGCUAUUGACAAUAUGGACAAUAUACGCGCAAGUGUUCGCGAUCCUUUGGGUCCAAAUGGUAAUUGGUGGUUAAAAGCUGAUGAUCCUUGGCAAUGCCUGGCUACAUGCUUUGAGCUGACAAAAGCAAUGGAUCAUCCUGGAGGUCCAGAAAAGUAUCCCUGCCGCAUGCCUGUACAUCAAGAUGGUACUUGCAAUGGUUUGCAACAUUACGCUGCCUUGGGUGGUGACUUGGAUGGAGCAAAACAAGUCAACCUUAGCAGCAGUGAUAGACCAGCAGAUGUGUACACAGGUAUUGCGGAUUUGGUGAUCAAAGCUAUUGACAAAGAUAUCGAACAGGGUCACGACGUUGCAGGAAAACUGAAAGGAAAGGUUACACGAAAAGUUGUCAAACAAACGGUCAUGACUACCGUGUAUGGAGUAACGUUCAUUGGUGCUAAAGAUCAAGUUAUGCGUCAAUUAUCUGAUCGUGGAGAUAUUGCUGCUGAAGAAUUGUGGUCGUGCGCUUCUUAUUUGGCCAGAACGAUUUUGACUUGUAUUGGUGAUCUUUUCGCCGGUGCUGAGGCUAUUCAAAACUGGCUAACAAAGAGUGCAACCCUGAUUGCAAAGAGUAUUCCAGCUCAUCGUGUCCAAUACACUCGCUUUUCGAAAUCGGCGGAGAACAAAGAAGAAGAGAAUGAUCUACCAGCAUCGAAAAAGAUGACAAAGUCUAAAAUGAUUUCAAAUGAACAAAUGACAUCCGUUAUCUGGUCAUCUCCUCUUGGUCUACCAAUCGUUCAGCCUUACCGAAAAGUGGUCAGAAAACAAGUGGCAACGGCUAUGCAGUCUGUAUUUUUGCAUGAUCCUCAAUUGUCCACUCAAGUUUCAGCAACAAAACAGUCAAGCGCUUUCCCGCCCAAUUUCAUCCAUUCUUUGGACGCUACACACAUGUUCCUUACGGCUUUGGAAUGUCAACAAAACAAGUUAACGUUUGCUUCGGUUCAUGAUAGUUACUGGACGCAUGCUUGCGAUAUCGAUACGAUGAGCGAAAUCAUUCGUGAUACAUUUAUUCAACUUCAUUCGACUGACAUUUUAACCCAUCUUCGAGAUGAAUUCAUUUCUCGGUACAAGAAUCAUUACGUUCCUGUUUCAUCGAUCAAGCGAAUUUUGAUGGGCGAUAAGGAGAUGAGAGAAUUGGUCGAAGCUGCCAGGGAAGCUCAAAAGGAUGAAGUAUCAAAUGAUGACGAAGACGCUGUUCAUUCACAAAAUUUUGUAAAACUAUCCGCCAUUCUUCCACCCAUUCCUCAAAAGGGCAACUUUGACGUUCGAGAAAUUAGAGAGUCGCAAUAUUUCUUCUCUUGAAAAUGUAUGGCUUAUUGUUUUAGAAGUCAUUGGAAUAUACGAUAGACAAUUAAUCAUCUUACUUAAUUCACUUCAUCAUGUAUUUUUAUCAAAGCAUAAUUUAAUCCAUCACCAC